AUGAUGGCCAACACGGCCACCAUGCGGAUCCUCAUCAAGGGCGGCAAGGUGGUGAACGAUGACUGCACCCUCGAGGCCGACGUCUACAUCGAGAACGGCAUCAUCCAGCAAGUGGGCAGGGAGCUGAUGAUCCCCGGCGGGGCCAAGGUCAUCGAUGCCACCGGCAAGCUCGUCAUCCCGGGCGGCAUCGACACCAGCACCCACUUCCACCAGACCUUUAUGAACGCCACSUGUGUCGAUGACUUCUACCACGGCACCAAGGCAGCGCUGGUGGGGGGCACCACCAUGAUCAUCGGCCACGUCCUGCCCGACAAGGAGACAUCGCUGCUGGACGCCUACGAGAAAUGCCGCAGCCUGGCAGACCCCAAAGUGUGCUGCGACUACGCCCUGCACAUGGGCAUCACCUGGUGGGCACCCAAGGUGAAGGCGGAGAUGGAGACGCUGGUGCGGGAGAAGGGGGUGAACUCCUUCCAGAUGUUCAUGACCUACAAGGACCUGUACAUGCUGCGGGACAGCGAGCUCUACCAGGUCCUGCGCGCCUGCCGCGACAUCGGCGCCAUCGCCCGCGUCCACGCCGAGAACGGCGAGCUGGUGGCCGAGGGAGCCAAGGAAGCUCUGGAUUUGGGCAUCACGGGGCCAGAGGGCAUCGAGAUCAGCCGGCCUGAGGAGCUGGAAGCCGAGGCCACGCACCGCGUCAUCACCAUCGCCAACCGG